AUGGAAGCUCCAGUAAAAGUAUCCAGACACUUCGAUGGAUACGAUAUAUGUGUCAAAAGUAUAGAUAGACGUUCUAGAUACAUAAAGAUGAUUCCAAUGCCAGUAGAGGUUUUUCAAAAAGGGCCACAAGUAACCGCGCUAGUUGCAAAUCUUCCUGGCCUUAAUGUGAGAAACUCGAUGGAAUUACGGCAGAGUUUACCUACAGUGAGGAGCAGACACAGCGAUCAUUCGAAGCGUUCGCUGGACGUAAAAAUCUCGAACGAAUUCGACUCGUCAUCCGCUAGCAUUUCGAAUGGUCAUCACAAAUCACGAAGUAAGCAGAAACAUCAAGGGUUUCCAUUAACUAGAUCAACUGCGAGCUUGGACUGCAAGCAGACGCAAGUGCAGCCGCAACUGCAACGUAGAAGACCGCCGCGCGUUGACUUGGCCAUGGAACAUUUAUCUAAAAGCCGUAAAAGCUCAUCUCAAGUACAGCCGUUGGAUUUCGAUUCCGAGCCAACUUACUACCGGCUACAAGAGAGCCAGUCGCGUGCGUCAGAAAAUUCAGAUAUAUCAGCUGUCUACAGUUCUCAGGAAUCGAAAUCUCGUCCAGCGCCACCGAAAAAGCCGCUACGAUUAUCGUUGCAUCGAGCAGCUAGCCUUCAGUCCGUAGAGAGUGCACCGCCAGCUGCGCAUCACGACGUAGCGAAAAAACCGAUGAAGAGAAAUCACAAAGGUGAUCCACCGGAGAGAAGCACACGAACGGAAACCAACGGAGAGACGAAUAACUAUAUGCAAGAAUCGCAUUCUAAUCCGCCUCAGCCUCCGCCGAGAACACCUUCCAGAGCGGAAUCUUGUCAGAGCGCGUUACGGUGGCCUUCCCCUAAGCCACGACCUCAUUUGGCACCUGUUACGAUGGAAAAAUGGUGUUGAAUAGGGAAAAAAGAAGAAAGCAUCGGUACAAUACGAAUGAUAUUUGAAAUAUCAACACACGCUGGAUAUUAUACAUUUUCCAAAUGUAACAUAAAUAUUUCAGAAAUCUCUGUUGCGAUAAGAAAAAUUGGAAAAUUUCGAAGGAUUUUUACGACGGUACUCUUGUAAAUACAAAAUAAUAUUUUUAAGCUUCUUACGUACACUCUAAGAAGACUGAAUUAUUUUGAAUUUACUCGUAUAACGUUUUUUUUUUUUUU